GGCGGCGGUAAGGGGGGGGCCCGGAGUGCCCCAGAUGGUAACAGCAGCAGCCAUAGGAGCCCGGGGCGGGGCGCGGGGGGCGCUUGCUAAGAUACCAUACAAUAAAAUAAUAAUCAUAUUAAUAAUAAGAAUUCGGGGGGUGGGGGGAAGCUCGGGGGGCGUUUGGUAAAACACCUGAAAAACAGUAAUAGUAAUCGGGGGGGGGAGCUCGGGGGGCGUCUGCUGACAUACCUGUAAAAACUGACGGACCGCAUAAACAACCGCCGCUCCUAAUAACCGCGGAUGGAGCGGCAGGAGGUGCCGGGUUUAGGGCAGGAGGUGCCGAACAUCGGCGCUGCCUCGUUGGCUUUUUUUUUUUUUUUUUUAACUGCCCCAUUCCGAUGCGAUCACUCAGCGCGUUGGGUUUGGGUGUUUUUUAAGCGGCUGCGCCGUGCUCUGAGUCAUGUUAGCAGGGCUGCCCUUGCCCAGCUGCUGGCCUCGCAGCAUCCCCGUGCGGGUUUAUCGCAGCGUCCGGGGUACUUCUAAAGCACGGUUUGGGUGCGAAGCAAGGAAAAACCCCUCUCGGCAGGCUCUCUGUGCUUAGACUUGCCCACCCGGAGUGCCCCCGCAAAGCCUGGGUACCGAACCUCGUGUACAGCCAUUCAUUCUGUGGUUAGGAAGAGCUGCCGAAACCCAGCACGUGUGAGCGGUUUUAGUGGCUGCCUCCUGAAGGCUGGGCUGCUCCAACGCUGCUGCUCGCAGCAAGCUGCCAAAAGCACGGCCUGUCCACUUUGCGUGGUCUGACCUGCAUCAGGGCUGCGGGUGGGUUUGAAGAGGGUUGCUGUGCUUGCUUCUCGGUCGGUGGCAAAAGUAACAGCUUGAUUUUCCGUUUUCAGAUCCUAGCUCAACUUCCAAAAUGGACCUUGACAUCCAGUGUGAGGAGAUGGACCCGUCUCGAUGGGCUGAGCUUCUGUCUACCAUGAAAUCCUGCAAAAGCAUCAGGCUGGAUGACUGCAAUCUCUCCAGCAGUAACUGUAAGGACCUCUCCUCUAUCAUCAACACGAACCCGUCCCUCACCGAGCUGAAGCUGAACAACAACGAGCUGGGAGAUGCAGGCAUUGAGUACCUGUGCAAAGGGCUGCUGACGCCCAGCUGUAGCCUGCAGAAGUUAUGGCUGCAGAACUGCAACCUGACGAGUGCCAGCUGUGAGACUCUCCGCUCUGUCCUCAGCGCACAGCCGUCGCUGACAGAGCUGCACGUGGGUGACAACAAGCUGGGAACUGCUGGAGUGAAGGUGCUGUGCCAGGGGCUGAUGAACCCCAACUGUAAGCUGCAGAAGCUGCAGCUGGAGUAUUGUGAACUCACGGCUGAUAUUGUGGAAGCUCUCAAUGCUGCUCUGCAAACCAAGCCCACCCUGAAGGAGCUCAGCCUGAGCAACAACACGCUGGGAGAUACAGCUGUAAAGCAGCUGUGCCGGGGGCUGGUGGAGGCAAGCUGCAACUUAGAGUUACUACACCUGGAAAACUGCGGAAUAACCAGCGAUAGUUGUCGGGACAUCAGCGCGGUGCUGAGCAACAAGUCGUCGCUGAUAGAUCUGUCUGUGGGGGAUAACAAGAUCGGGGACUCCGGCCUGGCUCUGCUGUGCCAAGGACUGCUGCAUCCAAACUGCAAAAUCCAGAAGCUGUGGUUAUGGGACUGCGAUCUCACAAGCGCUAGCUGUAAAGAUCUCUCCAGAGUCCUCAGUACAAAAGAGACCCUCCUAGAGGUCAGUCUGAUAGACAAUAACCUGAGAGACUCAGGAAUGGAGAUGCUGUGUCAGGCGCUCAAGGAUCCCAAAGCUAACCUCCAGGAGCUAUGGAUUAGAGAAUGCGGGCUCACGACUGCAUGCUGCAAGGCAGUCAGCUCUGUUCUCAGCGUGAACAAACACUUGAAAGUGCUGCACAUUGGCGAGAACAAGCUGGGAGAUGCAGGUGUUGAACUCCUGUGUGAAGGGCUGCUGCACCCCAACUGCAACAUCCACUCCCUAUGGCUGGGCAACUGCGAUCUCACCGCAGCCUGCUGUGCCACGCUCGCCAACCUCAUGGUUGCCAAGCCGUGCCUUACGGAGCUGGACCUGAGCUACAACACUCUGGAGGAUGAAGGCGUGAGGAAGCUCUGCGAAGCCGUGAGGAAUCCCAACUGCAAGCUGCAGCAGUUGAUUUUGUAUGACAUUUUCUGGAGUUCUGAGGUGGAUGAUGAACUAAGAGCCCUGGAAGAGUCCAAGCCUGAAGUGAAGAUCAUUUCAUGAGUGCUGACUGCCUACAGAGCAAAGUCAAAGCAGUGUCCUCUUCUUAAUCUGAACUUUUCGUACAUAAAGCUAAUUAAUUUAAUAUAGAAUGUGCUUUUACCAAAAAACACUUGUGGGUUCCCUGAGUGGGGUGUCCAGGUAGCUGAUAAGCCUUCCGUGCAGCGCUGAGGCUCAUGAAAGCGUUGCACAUUUUCACUGCAGCAUCGUUAUCCUUGAAGUAAACAAUUACUGGGCAUCUGCUAGAAGUGGGUCUGUACCCUUUAGGAGCUCUUUAAUCCUGUAAUCCCUCCUAACGCAUUAGUCGGGCUCUAAAAGAGAGCUCCUUCCCAAAGGCAAGGGAAGAACUACCUGCUGUAUUACUACUGGGUGGUGCCUUUGCCAGGUCUCUGGAGAAAGCUCUCCAAAACAACAACAACAAAAAAACCAAGCCACAUAACAAAUGUGGUUCUUAAUCUAAAAGUCAGCUCUCCACUGCCUUUCUGUAGAGGAGUUGUUGGAAAGGCAGUGAUGACCAGGCUACUAGAGGAAAAAGAAACGAGUGGCUGUUCAGCUGCUUAACUUCAAGAAUUAGCAUCCCUUGAAAAGUGAUUUUUCCCACAAACAAAAGAUGCUGUACGUUUCUGCUGGUAUGGGAAAAGAUUAAAUGGUUUGAUACGUUUGCUCUGGCAAGAGUGGUUUUACAGGCAUUUUAUUAAAAUCUGUUUGCAAAUAA